UAGACCUAGGACUAGGUGGUCGACUUACGUAGUGUCGACGGAGCCAUGUCGGAGUCUGGGACGCAGCAGGUGUUUGGUGAAACCGAAAAUUCCCUACUAACUGCGGUGAAUGAUGAGUUUGGAGGGGUCAUUGUGGAAAUGGAACCCCAGCAGCACCCCAUGGACGCUGCUGCCUUCGGCUCUGUGCUUAGAGCUUCCAUUUAUCAUUGGAGAGAGCAGGGGAAGAAGGGAGUUUGGCUGAAAUUACCCAUUAAGCUAGCCAAUCUAGUCGAACCUGCUGUUAAGGAAGGAUUCUGGUACCACCACGCGGAGCCGACAUACUUGAUGCUCGCAUAUUGGAUUCCAGGUGGAGUACAUACCCUUCCUGCGAAUGCCAGCCACCGAGUGAGUAUUGGUGCAUUUAUUAUGAACGACAAAAGAGAGGUGCUAGUGGUCCAAGAAAAGAAUGGGACUUUCCCGGGGACAGAAGUCUGGAAGUUCCCCACAGGAGCUGUCGAUGAGGGGGAAGAUAUCUUUGCAACCGCAGUGAGAGAAGUUAAAGAAGAGACCGGCAUCGACUCAGAAUUUGUUGAAGUACUAGCAUUCAGACAAAGCCACAAGUUCUUCUUUGAGAAGUCGGAUUUAUUCUUUGUUUGCAUGAUGAGACCCCUUUCCUUUGACAUCCAGAAACAGGAAUCAGAGAUACAUGCAGCUGAGUGGAUGCCAUUCGAGGAAUAUGCAGCACAGCCAUUCGUCCAAAGAAACGAGCUUAUGAAGUAUAUAAACAAUACAUGUUUGGCAAAGAUUGAUAGCACGUAUUCUGGGUUUUCUCCGGUGCCAAUAACAUCAAGUUUUUCUGAUGAAAAGAGCUAUUUCUAUUUUAAUACAUCGAGGCCUUAAUAGGGAGUACUAUUAAUGCAUGUGUCCAUCAGCCGGCCAUCCUUCGAAUUACAGUACUUUUACUCGCAUAUUGAUUUUUACAAUUUUAUAGAUAUAAGCAUUUUUUAUCAUAAUUUUGAAGAUUAAUGCUACUGUAAAGAAUACUACCAGCUAAACAAGUAGUAAACCUGCUGUUUAUGAUAGUCAUUCUUUCUGGAAUAAGAUCAGAAAGCUGGAAUGUUUGUUGUUCUAUACUAACGUAUAAACGAAAAAAGAUUAACAAACAGA